AUGAUAAUUAAUUCAUUUCGAUACUUAUUUUGUCGACGAAUAGCCGUUCCAAGUUUUGUUAGGACGCAAUGUCUAGUAAACUUCUCCUACUCUUGCUCGUCGUCUGUGCUGCUCAUAUGGGCAUAAAUGUUUAUGGUCAAAAAAUUCGCCAAGCGGACCUGUCCGGAGUUGAGACUGAACCCGGAAAGCCAUACAAUGGCAUCAGACAAUCGGUGAGACAUAUGGACGAGAAUCCGGAGUAUGAAAGAGAAAAAGGAGUAUUGAUUCGUAACAAGAGAGAUGCUACAGCAACACCAGGAGCAGCUUCUUCAGCAAAACCAGGAGACGUUUCCACACCACAACCAGGGGGUGCUGCCAAAGCUGCUGCAAACCCAGGAGCUGCUACUGCAGCGAGCCCAGACGCUGCUGCUAUAUCAAAGCCAGGAGCUGCUGCUGUCACAGCAAAACCAGGGGCAGCACCGAAAAAGCCAACUGCGCAAGGAGUGAAGAGAAGAGAAGGCUUCUUCGUCGUCUUCCUGGCUCUCACCCUGACCCUCGUCUUCCUCAGCCUUGUUAGCAUCGGAUUGUUCGUUUGGCUCCUGAUUGCUCUCAAGAAAGUUAAAAAAUGAAUAAACCUUUUGAAGAAACUUUUGCAUCCUUCACAACUGAACUGUCCAUAAUGUU